AUGGCUUUGGUGAGAGGCUUCUUGGCAGCAAAGAAGAUUCUUGGUGUCUCUGUAGCAGGAAGCAGUAAACCAACUUCAGCACCAAAAGGGUUUGCGGUGUACGUUUGUGAGGACAAGAAGAAGCAGAGAUACAUUGUGCCAGUCUCUUACUUGAACCAGCCUUUGUUUCAAGCUCUUCUAAGUAAAGCUGAAGAAGAACUCGGUUUUAAUCAUUAUGGUGGUUUGACUAUCCCUCGUCCAGAACAAACCUUCCUCACAGUAACUUCCCAGAUCCAAAAAUGAUGAUCAUCAUCUGAAGAACAUUUUUAAAACAUUGUAUCCUAUGACAUUUUUUUUCGCAUUUCUUAUAUGAAAGAUAUGA